AUGGAAGAUCAGCUGGACACCUUCAAUCCAGAGCCUUACUCGUUCGUCAUAACCGAAAGGAGGAGGCCCAAGAAAAGAAAACGAGUAAGUUCUGGAAUCGAGUAGUCGAAAUAGUAAUUAAGAGUCAUGGCCUCUUCAGACAAGCGGUUCCUUGUCUUCCAUACCCUCUGGCCAUCGUAUGUUGCGUCUUAAAUGUGAUCCUCCCCGGCUUCGGUGAGGUCUUUCUUAGUCGGAUUAGACGAGAAAAUUUAGAAUAUCAGUGCUAAUUUUACUUUUUAAAAGCAUAUUUUUACCCAUAUCCCUCAAAAACAUCAUCUUUUUGCAUGUUUGUUCACCUGGACUCUAACCUUAUUUUUUGAUGACAUUUUAGGGACGAUAAUAUCUGGAUGUAUGGUCUGUUGUUGUGGCUCCUUUGAGUGUCCCAACCCGCGCUGCAUCGUAUUUUGUUCCAACUUUUACUGCGGUCUCCUGCAACUACUUCUUUCACCUUUAAUAAUUGGAUAUAUCUGGUAAGAAUAGUAUCUCAAAUUAUAGAUCCAAGUAUAAUAUCGAAUAUCCCAAGCAAGAUCCCUUCAUUAGAAAGUCUUAUUAUUCUUUAUUCAGGUCAAUCAUAUGGGGGAUAUUAUUCCUGCAGCUCUCCAAAAAAUGGUGGAUUUCGAGACUGGAGGAGCGUGGAGACCUCGUCGAGAGCUGCCCUUGCUCCUCCUGGUAA